CCGCCCCUUCCCCCGCCGCCUUCUGCCCCCUGCCACACCCAUAGCCAUGCGUGACGACAAGUCUCCCGGUGUCCCGGACUUCGUGCUCAUCGAGCCCGUGUCCGAGGAGGCCCUCAUCGAGAACAUGCGCGUGCGCUUCCAGGCCGACGCCAUCUACACCGCCAUCGGCCCGGUGGUUGUGUCGGUCAACCCGUACCGCAACCUGCCGGACAUGUACACCCGCAAGCUGAUCGAUGCCUACAAGGCCAAGCACUCUUUCGAGAUGCCGCCUCACAUCUACGCCAUCGCGGCCGACGCCUACCGCGAUAUGUCCACCUUCAACCGCGACCAGUGCAUCAUCAUUUCCGGUGAGUCGGGCGCCGGCAAGACCGAGGCCUCGAAGCAUGUGAUGCACUACAUUGCCGCCGCAUCUGGCGAUGGUGCCCGCGAGGCCGACGUCACCCGCGUCAAGGACCAGCUGCUCCAGUCGAACCCUGUGCUGGAGGCCUUUGGCAAUGCCCGCACCACCCGCAAUGACAACUCCAGUCGCUUCGGUAAGUACAUGGAUAUCCAGUUCAACCGCUCCGGCGACCCUGUCGGUGGGCAGAUCACCGUCUACCUGCUGGAGAAGUCGCGUGUCGUGCGCCAGGCCGCCGGCGACCGGAACUUCCACGCCUUCUACCAGGUUCUGUCGUCCGGUGCUCUGGGCGCCGGUGCGAAGGCCGCCGAUUUCCACUACCUGAACCAGUCUGGUGUCGAUACUGUCCGCACAAUCAACGACGCCAAGGACUUCACCAUUGUCAAGUCCGCCAUGCGGAUUCUCGGCUUCACCGACCUCGAGAUCACCUCGGCUUUCGACAUUGUGGCGGCUGUCCUGCACAUUGGCAACAUCAACUUUGUCGCCACCUCCGAGGGCCAUUCUGCUGUCUGCACUCAGGCUGGGUCCCAGAACGCCCUGAACAACGCGGCCCAGAAGCUCGGUGUCACCGCCGCCGGUCUGGCCACUGCUCUGACUCAGCGCACGGUGGCCACGCGCGGCGACUCGGUCCAGGCCCACUCGUCCGCCGAGCAGGCCACCCACACCCGCGACGCCCUGGCCAAGGGCCUCUACGACCGGCUCUUCUCUUGGCUGGUGACGCGCAUCAACAACAGCAUCCAGUACAUCCCCCAGACGUCGUACGACACCCCGUCGGUCAUCGGCGUGCUGGAUAUCUACGGCUUCGAGGUGUUCGAGCUGAACUCCUUCGAGCAGUUCUGCAUCAACUACUGCAAUGAGAAGCUCCAGCAGCUGUUCAUCGCCCUGACCCUGAAGGCCGAGCAGGAUGAGUACGCCAGCGAGGGGAUCACCUGGGAGCCGGUGGAGUAUUUCAACAACUCCAUCAUUUGCGAGCUGAUUGAUGCGCCCCGGCAGGGCAUCAUCGCCCUGCUGGAUGAGGAGUGCCUGCGCCCGGGGCAGCCCACCGACGACACGUUCGUCACCAAGAUCAGCGAGGCGCACCAGAACCACGCGCACUUUGCCUCGCGUGAGAAUGCCGCCCACCGGUCGGACAAGACCCUGCCUCAUGGUGCCUUCCGCCUGCGCCACUACGCCGGCGAUGUCACCUACCAUGCCCAGGGGUUCCUCGACAAGAACACCGACCUGCUGCAGCGUGACCUGCGUGUGCUCGGCGGGUCGUCCAGCGUGGCGGUCGUUCGGGAGCUUUUCCCGGAUGCCGCGGCGUCGCAGGCGCAGUCCGGCGCCGCCAAGCGCCCGGUCACCGCCGGCACCGCCUUCAAGACUUCCCUGGCGGCGCUGGUGAACAACCUGGAGCAGAAGCAGCCCAACUACAUCCGCUGCUUGAAGCCCAACGCCCGUCAGCAGGCCAGCCUCUGGGAUGCGGAUCUGGUCAUUCACCAGACGCGCUACCUGGGUCUGUUGGAGAAUGUGCGCGUCCGGCGGGCCGGCUUCGCCUACCGUACCCAUCAUGAGCGCUGGCUGGCCCGGUACAAGAUGCUCCACCCGCGUCUGUGGAUCGGUGCCCGGGACACGUACAGCCGCUCGGAUGCCAACCUCCCGGCGGCCGAGCAGUGCCGCAUGCUGUGCCAGCACCUGGGCCUCGGCUCGGAUGACUUCCGCAUCGGCCGGACCAAGGUCUUCAUUCGGUCCCCGCGGACGCUGGAUCUUUUCGAGCAGACCCGCGCCCGGGCCCUGCCGGCCAUUGCCACCACCAUUCAGCGGAUGUGGCGCGGUCUGCGCGCGCGGCUUUGGGUCCGUCGCACUCGUGCGGCCCUGGUCAUCCAGAUGGUCUACCGCGGGUACAAGGCCUCCAAGCAUGCCAUGGCCAUUGUUCGGACCUUCUCCAAUGUCAAGACCAUGCCGGAUUAUGGUCGCGGGGUGGCCUGGCCGGCCCUCGACUCGCCGGCUUUGGCGCGCUUCGACACGUACAUGCGCCGGAUCCAUGCCACUUGGCGUGCCAGCUGCAUUGUCAAGACUCUGGACCCCGAGCGGGCCACCUUCAUCCGGAAGAAGAUCAUCCUGCAUGGGUUCCUGGCUGGCAAGAAGCAGGGCUGGAAUGCCCAGGCAUGGAACCACCCCCACCGCCGGUCCUACCUGGCUCCUGGCCUGACGGUGGACCAGAUCGACAGCGCGGUGUUGAUCCCCCCGCCGGCCACCGGAUCCAGUGCGGCCGGUGUGGCGCCCGGGUCGCCGGGCGCCCGGGUGGUGGUGGCUUCCCCGGCCAGCAAGAUCAACCGUUCGGGCAAGAUCGACCAGCGUGUCAUUGUCCUGACCCCGACGGCCCUGGCCCGUUUGGAUUCCGGCUCGCUGAAGGCCGGUCGCCAUGCGGCCGUUCCGCUGGAGCGUGUCAAGGCGCUCACGGUGUCCGGCGGCCAGGAUCAGCUGCUGGUGGUGCGCUUCGACACCGGGCCGUCCUCCAGCACGGCUGAGUCCGACUGGGUUUUGGACUUCGGUGUGUCCGGCAACCCCGGUGCCCUGUAUGAGUUUGUGGCGGAACUGCUCUUCCACACUUCGCCCACCGGCCGGACGACGGCCACCUCGGUGGGCGGCGAGCGCCGCGGUGCCUCGCCCAUCCUCAUCGAUGUGGUCAGCAUCUCGGACUCCAUCGAGGUCGCGGUGUCCGGGUCCCGGCGCGCGGUUAAUGUCGUGGCCGAGGCUGGCUCCAGCAGCGAGUCCACCGCCCCGGCGACCACCGUGCGGAAACUCAACGGCGGUGCUGUCUGGCAGGUGUCGGCCGCCAUGGUCUGA